GGAAGGGAGGAUGGUAAAGGGCUGCCGGUGUCUGCAGCUGCCUCUGGACUGACUGAGAGAGAGAGAGAGAGAGAAACGGGCAGGGAAACAGCGGACGUUCAGCAUCAGCAUCCCCAUCCACAGGACACUACCCAGCCAUGAAACAGGGUCUCCUGGAUAUCCUGAGGAUGAGCAGGAAAUGCCGCAUGGUGCUGGUGACUUGUCUCGGUUCAUUUGUCCUGGUCCUGUUUUAUUUCCAAAGUAUGUUGCAUCCAGGGAUGCGCCGGGCACCAUUCGGAGUGAACAUCUGUUGCAGGAAAGGUUCGCGGACUCCACUACAAGAGCUCCAGAACCCGACGCAGUAUCAGUUCUCAAACACAGAGCUCACCCAUCAGAUCAGGAGAAACCAGAUUGCUCAGACAUGUCAAGCAAACCGCGCCAAAAGUCGGAAACGGCGAGUGUUGACCUCUGAUGACCUGAAACACUUGGUUGUAGAUGAGGACCAUGAGAUGAUCUACUGCUAUGUGCCCAAGGUGGCCUGCACAAACUGGAAGAGGGUCAUGAUGGUCCUCACGGGAAAGGGCAAAUAUACCGACCCCAUGGAAAUCCCUGCAAAUGAAGCCCACGUCUCCUCCAACCUGAAGACGCUCAACCAGUACAGCAUCCCAGAGAUUAACCACCGCUUGAAAAACUACCUGAAGUUCAUGUUUGUGCGAGAGCCCUUCGAGCGCCUGGUGUCAGCGUACAGGAACAAGUUCACCCGAAGGUAUAACACCUCCUUUCACAAACGGUAUGGAACCAAGAUCGUCCGGAGGCAGAGGAAGAAUGCAACUCAGGAGGCCCUGGUCAAGGGCGAUGACGUGAAGUUCGAGGAGUUUGUGGGCUACCUCAUUGACCCAUACACGCAGAAAGAGGAGCCCUUCAAUGAGCAUUGGGAGACUGUCUCCUCGCUGUGCCAUCCUUGCCACAUCCACUACAACCUUAUCGGGAAAUAUGAAACUCUACAGGAGGAUGCAAGCUACAUCCUGCACCUGGCAGGGGUGGGAGACUAUAUCACUUUCCCCACCUAUGCUAAAUCCACCAGAACUACAGAUGAAAUGACAGCUCAGUUUUUCCAAAACAUCAGCGCUGCCUUCCAGACUAAACUGUUCAAUCUCUACAAAUUGGAUUUUGUAAUGUUUAACUAUUCCGUGCCAAGCUACCUGAAGUUGGCAUGAGAAUGCCAGCUGGUUUUAUUUAAGUCCUUAUUUGUUACAAUUGCAUUUUUUUGGUUUUGUUUUGUAAUUUUAGUGAAGAUUUUCACCGGUUGCUGCGAGCAGCAAGGUUUGGAAUUUAUUUAAAUAACUUUGUAAGAAAGAAUGGCUCUCUUGGCAGGGUAAUGGAACCAUGGCUGGUUUAAAGAUUCCCUUCCUGGCAUGCUCUUAUGUAGAUCUUUUGUGUCAGAGGCUACGCAUCUCCAAUCAGGAAAUAGUUUGUAAUUUGGAGACCCCCAAUCUGGAGAUCCAGGGUUCAGUCUGGAAACCCUCAAUAUCUCACUCUGAAAAACACAAGUGCCCUUUGAUGUGAAUGUGCUGUAGUAAGUUGCUAAUGAGUUGAACGUGAAUCGGAAAGGGGUAGCAUCAUUGUGCCAGCAAUGUUUAGAACUCGCUGCAACUAUUUCAGAGCUUUAAACUGCAAUUGUAGCUGAGCCUCCUUUUAAGAAAGCUUGUGCGAAUCUUCUAUCACCUGAUAGAAGGCUGAUCUCACGACAGUCAUUGGGUCACUUCUGUGAGCCCUUUCUACAAGAAAAUCUCCACCAGCCGCCCAGAGCCAGUAGUUGCUUCCAGUUUGACAGUUAAACAUUAGGCACGGUGAUUUUUUUUCAUUAUGGCCAUGGGCAGCCAAAUCUCCUCUUCCAACAACCACACUCCUCAGUCCCCUCCAUGGCUACACCAACGUCCCUGCUGAGGGAGGAGGGGGAGCAAGAGGGCAUUGUGGGAAAACAAAACAAAACAAGCCACCGUAUUGUCGAUGCCAGUGCUAAGUGUGUGUCCAAUAUUACAUUCAACUGCUAAUUGAGAAUCCAUGAGUGGCAAAUUGUGUUAAAAUUAAAACGAUCUUUCCUUCAAACUGUGAAAGCAUGAUUUACAUAUGUACAGAAGAAUUCUGGGGAAGAAGAGCAAAAUGUUUCAGAUGAGUCGUUACCUUUUGUUCAUGAACUUACUCCAUCGUCCCACAACUCUACACUGCUAGCCCAGUGAACUGUGAAAAUGGUGGCCAACAAAAGGUUUCAGAUUAAAACUCUUAGGCACUGGAUCUAUUUAAAGAAACAUAUGUUAAUGAUGGUACUAAUGUGUCUUUUAAUUUGGGCAAGGCCUGUGCUUGUUGACUGUUCCCGAUUUAACCUGGAAAAUCUGGCAGUGUACUGUGCUCCUGAGCCAUUGCAGUCCAUGAGGUGUACGGUGCUCCCUCAGAGCAGCUUCCCAAAUUUUGACCCCCAUGACAAUGGAGGAAUGGUUGCAAUGUAUCCUAUGAGGACAAUGUGUAACUUGGAGGUGCUGGGUGUUUCCAUGGAUCCAGUGUGCACUGUCCUUCGGUGGUGGAGGUUGUAACACUGGGGAGUUGUCCCAGUCCUCUUACCAUUCAAAGCAGCAAAGUAGAGCUCAAAAUUCAAAUUGUAGUGUUUCUGUGAAAAUCUCCUGUUGUUCCAUCCAAAAAUCAGCUGCCUCCCUCCAUUGCAUCCAUCCCCCACAGAAGGGAGAAUAACCCGUGUAGUAAUUGCAAAUGCCGAUGCAUCAGUUAUGCCUGGAUGCAGCUUUUCUGCAUUUUCUGACUGUUUUGCAUGAUGAGGGCAUUGUUGGGUCGGCCAGCAUUCAUUGUCCAUUCAGUAAUUAAUAGGAACUUCCAUCCUCUCACUGUGAUUUCAUCCUAGCAGUAAGGCAUCUCUGUGCUGCUCUUCCGGAGCCCUGCCAGUCUUCUGUUCUGAAGUUAUCACUGAACAUAGGGAAAAACCCCAAGAAAUUAUCAUCACACCCAUAAAACAUUUGCGCACCCCCUCCCCCAUUUUAACUAUAUUAAAUUUAGAACAAUAGGAUUGUACAACAUAGUAGCAGAGUUGCAAUGUAAGUGAUUUGAACUUAUUUUACUUUCUCAUCCAUCUGUAGUUCUGUCAUUUCAAACUGUACAGCUCAGUACAAGUGUGUUGAGUAGUUUUUCAUUAACUUGUCAACAUUUUUAGGUGCUCAGUUAAGUAUUUGUUCAAAGAUUGCAGUUUUGUCAACAGAUAAUUAAGUUAAGAAUGGCACUAAUAACUGAUAAGUUAUUUAUGUUAGGAAAAGAUUUUGAGGUGUGUCUGUUUCAAUGAAAAUGUUGAGUAAUGAUGGGUUAGCACUGGGGUCCAGUCACUUGUUUUUACAGGAGACUAUUGUUUUGUAGGUGAUUUUCUGGCUGGUCUUUUUGUAUUCUUUCUGUCCACUUCCCUUCGUUUCUCUUCAAUCUUUUUCUUUCCUUCACUCUUGUCUUCCUGAUUGCCAAGUUUUGGAUAUUCCUAGACGUGCCGUAUAUAUAUAUAUACUGGGACUUUUGUUGGAUUUGUGCAGAUAUAAUAAGUACAUAACUCCAGUGGGAACCAGAACAGUCAUUGGAUAUUCCUGCUUAACAAAGAGAGUCUUCAGUGCUUUUAGGUAACUUAAAGAGUAUUUGUGAUAUUACUGUUGUAAUAGAGUGCUAUUUUCUUACCUUCAUGCAUGAAACUUAAUGAGGACAAGUAACUUAACAUUUUUCCUUAGCAUUUCAAUGAUUUUACUCUUUGGGCAUGGUAGAAGGUUUGACUGAUAUUUGUUCUUUAUAUCUAUCCACCUAUCUAUCUAUCUGUCUAUCUAAUCGAUCCAUCUAAUUUAUUUAUCUCUUUCUCUUCUUGUCAGCCCAUGACGUGUCUCUUUAUCUGCCUAUCAGUCCAAUUUUCUAUCUAUGUCUCUGUCUGGCUAUCUCUGUCUCUAUCUCUGCCAUUCUAUGAAAUUUACCUUUCAUCCGGCCAGUCUGCCUAUCCAUCUUUCUCUUUAUCUGUCUGUCUGUCUCUGCCUGUUUUGUCUGGAUGUUGUCUACUGGAACCAGCAGUUUGUUAUUAAUUGUUGUGACAUGUGAGUUUAGUCAUUCCUGAAAGUUCCAUCAAGACUGAUUAAUUAUUUUUUCUAAAUAACUUCCAUUAAAAUGUGGGAUGAAAAUAAUUGCUUUGUGUAUUUCUUCCGAAGAUUAAGCUGCUGAAAGAAAUGAGUGAGAGCGGGGUCAUCUGUGGCUCAGUGGUAAUCCUCUCAUCUGCAUCGCAGAAGCUUGUGGAUUCAAGUACCUCUCAGAAAGACCUAAUUCCAGCUGGUAUGGUCUUAUGGACACUCUAAUGCAGGACUGAGGGAGUGUUGUGUGGUCAGAGAUGCCAUCUUUCAGAUGCACUGCUAAACGCAGACAAUCUCAGACGGAUGUAGAAGUUUCCAUAACAUUAUUUAACAGAGAAUCAGGAAAUUUCUCAGGGGUGUCCUUGUCAAUAUUUAUCUCUCAAUUAACAUCACCUAAAAUUAUCAUCUGAUCAUUACUUCGCUGUGUUUGAAGAAGUAUGCUGUACACAAAUUGGCUGUUGCAUUUCCUAUCUUACAGUAAGGAACUUGUCAGUCACUACCUCCUGAAGUGUGAUGGAAUGCCCCAAAGUUUUAUUUUUCCUUUAUUCAUUCACGAGAUAAGGGCGUCGCUGGCCAGGCAGCAUUUAUUGCCCAUCCCUAGUUGCCCAGAGGGCAGUUCAAAGUCAACCACAUUGCUGUGGGUCUGGAGUCACAUGUAGGCCAGACCGGGUAAGGAUGGCAGUUUCCUUCCCUAAAGGACAUUAGUGAACCAGAUGGGUUUUUCCCAACAAUCGGCAAUGGAUUCACGGUCAUUAUUAGACUGUUAAUUCCAGAUAUUUAUUGAAUUCAAAUUCCACUGUCUGCCUUGGCAGGAUUUGAACCCAGCUCCCCAGAACAUUAUCUGGGUCUCUGGAUUACAGUCCAGCGAUAAUACCACUAGGCCAUUGCCUCCCUGUAAAAGGUGCCACAUAAAUGCAAGCUCUUUUCUUCCUUAGCUCGCAAACACCACAGAAACAGUUUCAUUAAAGUCCAGCCUAAGAGAUGAUGACACCCUACGGUUACAUUGCAUUACUGCAUAGGCAGUGAAGAAGUCAAAACACCAACAUUUGAACAAAUGCUCACAAACUGAAUCAAAAGCAGAGAACGCUGGAAAUACUGAGUGGAUUAGUCAGCUCUGGAACAAAAUGAACAUGGAAUAGUUAAGAAACACAUUCAUGACUGUAGGGACCAGAGUAACCUUUGAUUGAUGAGGGCUCAAUAUAACAACAUCAUCUUAUUCUGGAAAUAAAUAUCAGGCCAAGUCUUGAGUCAGAGACUUGAUAGAGCUGAUUAAUUGUUAUCCUAACCAUGACCUCAUUAAAUCUUUCACGCAAUUUGAGUCUGCAUUUAUUGCCCACCCCUAAUUGCCCUGGAGAAAGUAGUGAUGAGCUGCCUUCAUGAACUUGUACCUCUACCAGCUCCCUAAGAUUCUUGUAAUUAUGCCUGACUGAAAUUUGUCAAUAUCAUGCAAUAAGUCUUGGUGUUAAUUAAGAUCAGUGCCUCUUUUGUAGAUAUUCUACAGUGCUUUAUCAUCUAUCAGUAAUCUCUAGGACACAAGCCCAGCCUAUCCAAUCUAUACUCAAUGCACAGACCCUCCAGCUCAGAAAGCAUCCUGCUAAAAUUCCUCUGCACUCUCUCCAGUGUAAUCACAUCCCUCCUAUUAUAUGUGCGACCAGAACCACACACAGUACUCGAGUUGUGGCCUAACCAGCAUUUUAUACAGUUUCAGCAUAACCUCCUUGAACUUCGAUUCUGUACCUCGGCAAAUAAAGACGUGCCCAAUUGGCUUACUUAAUCACCUUGUCUACCUGUCAUGCCACCUUUAAAGACACAUGGAUAUGUUCCUCAAGCUCCCUCUGAUCUUCAGUACUUUCCAGGUCCUACCAUGCAAUUUCUUGUCUAGGUAGCCCUCACCAAGUGAAUUAUCUCACACUUUUGUGGGCUAACUUCCAUUUGCCAAAACUCUGUCUAUGUAACCAGUCCUUUGAUAUCAAUACCCUUCUCACUGUUUACCACCCUCCCCUUUUUCAUAUCACCUGAAAGUUCUUGAUCAUAUCGGCUACAUUUAAGUUAAAAUCAUUAAUGUACAACAUGAACCGCAAGGACCAAAGCGCUGAGCCCUGAAAGACAGUCGUCCUAUUACAGACACAACCUUCUACCGUUACUCACUGCUCCCUGCCUCUCAGCCAAUGUUAGACUCAACCUGCUCACCUUGCUUUGGACUCUUACAAAUGAGGAUUGUGCAAACUAUCUCAAACAACUUCUAAUCAUCAACUGGCUGAAGUGGCCAAACGCCACAAGAUGCCAGUAGUGGUCACCUGGGAAAAUACCACAGUGAAAUUCCCAUGCAUUUGCUGCCCUUGUCCUUCAAAGCGCUCAGGAUCGCUGUUUUUGAAGAUGCUGCUGAAGGGCUUGUUUCAGUAAUAGAGGAAAACAUAUGAUUAUUUGGAUUAAAAAUAACAGUUAAGUGUUGUGUCAAAAGAGUAGAUCAAUGGAGCAAGUUGAGUAUCCCCUUCAAAGAACUGGCACAAACAUGAUGGACCAAAUGGCCUCAAAAGGUGCUGAAUAAUUCUGUGAUUUACAUAGUUCCCUUCACAUCCUUGGGGUUUUCUGAAGUGAUUCACAGUCAAAUAUUUUGUUUUGAAGUAUGGUUGCUGUUCUGUUCUAGAGAUAUGCAGCAGCCAGUGUGUGAACAGCAAGAACCCAACAACAUAGUAACAAUGACCAAUCUGUCCUUGGGUAAAAGAUAAGUUGAGCGCUGAUUGGAAUUAUUGACAUCCACCAGAAUAAAUAGACGUGGCCAUGACUGAAUGUCUCGUACAAUUGACCAAGGCUGGAUUUUUGUGGGCCCUGCUGAGGUGGGUUCCGAGAUGGGAUGAGGGAUCUUACUGGAGCUAAGAACACAGAGGGGACUAUCCCCCUGUGGGUAGUUGGUUAGGCCAGUUCAGAAAAGGCUGGGGCCUACCAUUAACAGGCUGAAGCCACGACUUCAUUGGAGGCAGAAGCCUCCUGUCACUUGCCCCUUUAGGAAUUGACCAGGGUAUGACAGCCAUAGGCACAAACCAUGAUAGAGCCAGAGCCAUGUGUGUUUUUAUUUUGUUUUCUCAAUGAUGCAGAGAAAGCCUCCAUUUUGAUCUGCCCUUGUGGUCUGCUACACUUGCUUUGGCUGUAUCCAUCCCUCUCAUUGCAGGCCUUCCUAUUGGGCCUCCCAUUCCUCUGAUACAGCCACCAUCCUUAACAGAACAGGGAUCCCUGAGGCAGCUUCUUAAUUGGCCAGUUCUGGAAAGAUCACCUUUGGUAUCUCACCAUGGACACUUCCAGGUUCCUGAUCUUGAAUUGAGGCCUUGCAUAGGGACCUAACGCAGCCACAAAAUUCUGGCUGAUGUGUACAAGACUCUCGUCAAAGCAAUCCCUUCUGUACCUUUAGUUAGGAUAUGUACCCACUCCUGCAAUGGCCCACCCUACUUUUCCAUUUCAACUUUCUACAGUCAUGCCCCAUGAUGUUUCAAUAGGAGUCAACAGAGCAUGGCUCUUCUCUUCUGACCAUGAUCACAGUUGAACAUGAUCCCGUCCUAAUGGAACAUCACUGCGUCAAUUUGCAGCAGGGAUUACUGGUAAGGAAUCACUUGUUGCAGUCCCACCUCUGAGUCAGAAGAUUUUAGAGUUCAAGACUUAUUUCAGAAACAUUUGGAAAAUGUUAUUACAUCAGUCACUGCACUUCAAAAGCACUUCAUUGGCUUAGAGUACUUUGGAAUGUGCAGGCUGGUAUGAAAGACACUGUAAGCACAAUACCAUAUUGCAUGGGUGGGAAUCUGGAACUGGGAGAAGCAGAAACCCUCAUAAAGUUUAAUAAGGAUGUAGAUGUGCACUUGCAAAGCCAAGGAAAACAGGGCUAAUGGCCAAGUGCUGCAAAAUGGGGCUAGAAUAGUUGGGUGGUGGUUUUGACUGGCACAAACACGAUGGACCUAAGAGCCUUUCUCUGGCCUCUAGAUCGCUAUGAUUCUAAUAUUGUCCUACCUUCUAAAGAAUGGGUAUUGACAUCAAUCACCGAGCUUCAAAUUAAACUGAGUUUCAAAUUUAUUUCAACACUGUUUGUAAAUGACAAUCAUCCUGCAAUAUAACUCACUUAUUUUUUCCCUUGAAUUUGUUGGAUUGUUAUUAAAGAAAUGUGUUUCUAAUGUGAAACAGCACACUUCUAGCAAAUUAAUCUUGGAACUAUCCAUCACUGAAGAUUGAGCAUGGGUUCAAGAUAAUUAUAGAGCAGAAAGAAAGGUAGAUUUAUAUUGUUUUGGAAUUUCAUGAACUCAAGACCUCCAAAAUACUUUUUGGCCGUUAAUUGGUCAUUGUUGUGGUGUUAGAAACAUGACACAUAGUUAACACACAACAGGGAUCCUCAAACAGAAUCAGAUCAUCUGUUUUUGUCAUACCUAUUGAGAGAAACUAUAUCAUUUGUAAAUAAGUGGAAAAUCCAUCGUGCUGAAAAGUGAGAUCUUUGAGGGGAGUCAGGACAAAGUCCAUUAUUUUAGAUUUGAGAAACAAGACAAUGUCAUUGUCACACUACUGUGCUCAUUUCCAGUGCCUCAAAAUCAUGAGCAAGAGAAAGGCAUGUGUAAGAUAUAUCGCUUGGUGAUUCUGAGGGUCUUUAAUUGGCCAAGUAUCAAUUGAAAUGAUGUUAGAUUUUAAUCUUUUUUCUCCAGAUGUGGGAUUUAGUGAUAAGACCAGCAUUUGUUGCCCAGCUCAUUUGCCCUUGAAUUGAGUGCCUUUCUAAAACCAUUUCAGAGGGCAGCUGGAAGUCAACCACAUUGCUGUGGGUCUAGCGUUACAUGUACGUCAGACCAGGUAAGGGCAGCAGGCCCUUAAUGGACAUUGAUGAAGUAGAUUGAUUUUUUUUAUUACAAUCAAUGGAAGUUGCAUGAACAUCUUUAAUUAUUAAUUGAGUUCUAGUUACUGUGAUGGAAUUCCAACCCAUGAUCCCAUGACCAUUUGUCUGAGCCUCUGAAUUACUAACCUUGUGACAUUAGCACUACACCAUCAUUUCCCACAAAUUAUCGGAGUUUUGAAAUGUGCACAGAAAAAUUUCCUCAGUCAAUUUGUUGUCUUAUAAUGGAGAAGAGCAAGGGACGAUCUAAAAUCAAGCCUCCAAAUUGGAAGAAAGCUCACUUCAAUGAAUGAGAUGGCUUCUGGGCCAGGGUAAGAGCAAAAGCUGACAGGAAAAGCUAUAAUGGAACAAUCAUUAAUGAGAUAAUUUAGGCACAGGCUGGGUACAUUCCAACAAAGGUGGAGGGUCAACAAACUAAAGCCCAAGAAUCCUUGGAUUAUAAGGGAGAUGGGGAGAAUAUUGUGGACGUUUGUCUUUUGUAAGACAUUAACCAUUUGAGGAGAUUUAUCAGUUUUAAUUGGGUUCUCCAGGACUCGGCUUUUGCAAUUAAUUGUAUCAGGAGUGAGAGCUGCAUUAGAUUGUUAGAAGUUAUUUUUUUCUUCUCCAAAUGACCAUUAAUGUCUACUCACGGCGUGUACAGGGCAAGUGGUGAUAGAGGCACUUUUGAACCUAUGAGGUGCCAUGCAGGAUAGUGGGAGACAUCAGUUGGCGUUGAGUUAGCAUCGCAGGAAUAAGGAUCCCCGGGGGUGAAUGGGUGACAUAUUUUGGUGAGGAGUGUACAUGGGGCUAUAGAGAUGAGGGUGAAAUGUUGUGAGCGACUGAGCUAUUUUGAAACAACUUCCAAAACAACAGAGACAAAGACCCAAGAGAACUGAGGCAGACCUUCUAACUGGAGCCUACCCUCUGCUUCUGGGGCAGGCAGGGCUGACACUAUCCGAAAACAUUUUGACCGAUAGUGGCUGGGAAGAUUUAUCAACCCGUGUUGCCUGAGUUGCCGAAAUCCAACCUUAUGAUCAUAUGCAUGCUGAAACGCCUUGCUAAUUACACAAUGUUUUAAAGCUUACGCUUUAGAGAGUGGAACAAAAUUGCAGCAUGAAGAUCUUUCAUUGUCCCAGGAAGUCUCCAAAUGCUUUGCUGCUAAUGGCAUGCUAUUUUUAAGUGAAGUCAUUCUGACAUGGAGGCAGUCAAUUCACACACAGCCAGCUCCUGCUGCCUGCAAUGGGGAUAUGCCCAGAUAAUGCAGUGUGUGUGAUGUUGGAGGAACAAAUACAGGUCAAAACACCAGGCAGACCUUUCCUACACUUCUUUGAAAUAAUGCCAUGGCAUAUUUCACGUCCUGUGAGGAGGUUUAAUACUUUAUAUAAUAACUGCAGUGUUAAUGUGUAAUGGUGUCAGAAUGAUUGCUUACAUAGUGUGCAGAACAUCUGCUUAUCAGUGUGAGGCAUGUUAAUACUGGAGAGUGAAACGCUUCCUCCCGUCACAGCACUGUCAUCACAGAGCAGUUCUAGGUCACUUUUUCCUGGCUUGUUUGCAGUGCUAAAACAAGAGCAAUCUCCCCCAAGAAAGCACCUUUAUCUUCACCUCCGUGUAAUGUGACAUUCCCAUUUGUUUUAUCAAAGGCAGCCUUGCAGCUGAGAUACCAGUGCUGAAUUAUAGGCUUUCUGAUUCUGCAACCUCCUAUCGCCCAGGAUAUGGAAUUCCCAAACUUAUUCCAUCUGCAACUUUAAAUCAACACCAGUCAAUACUGAGCCGUGGAGCCAUUUGUCAGCGAGGAGUGAUGCAGGCUCCUGUGAUUUAAGACUUAUCUUUGUUGUAUUGUCUAUUUAUAGUGAAGAUUGCUUUUAUAUUUUAAGUAUAA